CACCGAGGCCUUCAGUUUGUUGCUCUCGGACCGUUUUCUCGACAUUUUUUUAAAGGUCUUGAAACAGAGCAAAUGAGAUGUCUUGUCAGCAGCAGAAAGGUAUACCAGAGGGAUGGAUGGAUUAUUGUCCUGUUGGACAGAGAAUACCAGGAACAAGGUUCAUCGCCUUCAAAGUGCCCUUAAAACCAUCUCUGAACUCUCAGGUCCCUGAGUCCCACUCCUUCGGUUUGUGGGAGCUGCUGGAUUUUGUGAAGAGUCAGAAACAGGAGCUUGGGCUCAUCAUUGAUCUCACCUUCACCACCAGGUACUACCAAGUGUCCGAUGUCCCCCAGUCCUGCUCUUACGUCAAGAUUUUCGUUGAGGGCCACAGAAUCCCCUCGGACAUCGCCAUCCUGAGCUUCAAGCGAGCGGUGAGGCGAUUCCUGAAGGAGAACGAGGACAACGACAGUUUGAUCGGAGUCCACUGCACCCAUGGCCUGAACCGCACCGGGUACCUGGUCUGCAGGUACCUGAUUGACGUCGACGGGCUCGACCCGUCAGCAGCUCUGGAGCUCUUCAACUCUUGCAGAGGCCAUCGCAUCGAGAGGCGGAACUACCUGAACGACCUGCAGGGUGCCGCCAAGAGAAGCAACGACGGCAUCGACGAGCCGGAUGAAAAUGUUGUCAGAGGGCUCGCUGUGCAGAGGACAGGAUAGCCUUUAUUCACCUCCUCGUCUGGACGAGUCAAACUGUUUCUGUAGUAAAGCAGCAGGCAGAUUCUCUGAUCUGCGGUUUCAGGUUUUUCGGCUUUAUUUUUUGAUUUGUGGCGUCAGAAACAGGAAACUGAGUUGUGACUAUCGUUAAAAGCUGAUUAAUCGGAACAAGCUGAGAAGCAAAUCUAUUACUUAAAGAUAGAAAUCAUGAAUUGUCACAUAUUUACUUUACAUGGAAAUCAGAGUUCAAACUUCGAUGAUGAAUCACAUUUAGAUUUAAAGACUGUUGAUGUCAAUGAACUGAAGCUGGUGGGCAUUUAAAUGUAAUAAGAUUCACAAGUAAAAAUAAAGUUUCUUACAAUCUUAG